AUGGAUGCUGAACCGAUAGCGCAUCAAAGGACGAGAAGAAGUAGCAUCUUUAGCGUAGAGCAUCAUGCUCGCGAUGCAGGCCGAAGCUCCAUAUCAUGUAUGCUUGAUCCGCGAAAUAGCAUGUUGCCUCCAAAGCCACAAAAAGUCCUCUUCGAAAACACAUACAAAAUGGAGCCAGACAAAAGGUUUGAUCUAAAAAAAGCCAAAGAUUUAUUGGAUAAGAUCUUAGAAGAAAACUUUUCUGACGCAGAAUAUGACCCAACGAAAUCCGGAAUUUUGGCAAAGAGAGUCAGUACGAUUAUCAAAGAUAGAAUGAAAACCCUUGGAUUUGAGAGAUUUAAAUAUGUCUGCAAUGUGAUCAUAGGACAAAAUGGAAAUCAUGGAAUCAAAGUUGCGAGUAGGUACUUGUGGGAUGCCAGAAGAGACAAUUGGAUAAAUGCUUCUUUCUCAAAUAAAGAACUAUUUGUUGUCGCCUCAGUUUUUGCUCUCUAUUUUGAAUAA